AUGACAACUCAACCACCAAAUAAUGUGGAGCUGGACCUUCUCCGCGCCAAGACUGACUACCUAAACCCAGCGCUUACCGCGGAUUGGGCGAAAAAGAAGUUGUUCUGGGUUCCCAGCGAAAAAGACGGUUUCGCGUUGGCUUCGGCGCUCGGAAACCCCCAUCCAGAUGGGACCAUUGAUGUGGAGUUGUUGGAAACCGGCGAACGCCAGCGAGUUUCGACAGACGAUUGUCAGAAGCCGAAUCCUCCGAAAUACGACAAAUGCGAAGAUAUGGCAAUGUUGACAGGAGAAUCGGGUGCGGGAAAAACGGAAAACACGAAGAAAGUGAUCCAAUACUUGGCGUAUGUGGCUGGCAAUCGAUCAUUGGCCGCCAAAGCGCGAAAGGGAUCUUGCCAACUCGAAGAGCAGCUAUUGCAAGCGAAUCCGAUAUUGGAAGCUUUCGGAAACAGUAAAACGGUGAAGAAUGACAAUUCCAGUCGAUUUGGAAAAUUCAUUCGAAUCCAUUUUGACGCCACUGGAUGCAUUUCUGGCGCUAACAUCGAAUUUUAUUUGCUAGAAAAAUCGCGCGUUCUCAAACAGGCGCCGAAUGAGAGAACUUUUCAUAUUUUCUAUCAAAUGCUUAAAGGAUUGUCGAGCUCACAGAAAGAGUCUCUCCUCCUCGAGCCUAAUAUGUCCACUUAUAAAUUUAUCUCGAAUGGAGAUUGCAAACUGGCUGGAGUUGAUGAUUCCGCGGAAUUGAAGGAAACCAUUCAAGCAAUGAAUAUUAUGGGACUCAAUGAUGAAGAAAUAAAUGGAAUUCUUCGUGUUGUUUCGGCUGUGCUCUUGUUUGGUAACCUGGAAUUCUCUCAGGAGAACAAGAACACAGACCAAGCGAUGCUUGUCAACGACGCCGUCGCACAGAAGAUCGCGUCUCUUCUCGGAGUUAACGUCACCGAGUUGAUGAAGGCUUUCUUGAAGCCAAAGAUAAAGGUGCAGCGCGAUUUGGUACAUCGUUCGCAGAAUGUGGCACAAGCGAAAUUCUCGGUUGGCGCUAUCGCGAAAGCGUGUUAUGAACGGCUAUUCCGUUGGCUUGUUCACCGCCUCAACAAAUCCUUGGAUCGCACUCGCCAGCUAGUUUUGUCGACACUCGAUGAUGUGUGCUUGUUCCCGCAAGGAUCCGAUGCUUCCUUUGUACAGAAACUUGUCGACACACAUUCGCAACACCCAAAAUAUGUUGUUCCCGAGAUUCGUGCCAAGAGCGAUUUCGCCAUUGUUCACUAUGCGGGACGCGUCGACUACGAAGCUGCCGGAUGGCGUGUUAAGAAUAUGGAUCCUCUCAACGAAAAUGUGAUUGAUGUUUUGCGAUCAUCGAAAGACGUGAUUUUAGGAGAAAUGUGGAAAGACGUUUCUGAUGUAUGCAGUUUGUCGGCGGCCGAUAGUACAUCGGAUACAGGCCUUUUUGGAACCAGAGUUCCGAAGAAGGGCAUGUUCCGCACUGUUUCACAACUCUACAAGGAACAACUCGCCAGAUUGAUGAGCACAUUGAGCAAUACGAAUCCCCAUUUCGUUCGGUGUAUUAUUCCAAAUCAUGAGAAGAGGCAUGGCGUAAUUAGUUCGCACUUGGUUCUUGAUCAGCUUCGCUGUAACGGCGUGCUCGAAGGAAUAAGAAUAUGCCGUCAAGGAUUCCCGACUCGCUUGCCGUUCCAGGAAUUCCGACAGCGAUACGAAAAACUUUUAACGCCGGAAGUGAUUCCUGCUGGAUUCAUGGAUGGCAAAGAAGCUGUUCGACGUAUAGUCGAAGCUCUUGAUAUCGACAAAAACUUGUAUCGAAUCGGCCAAUCGAAGAUCUUUUUCCGUGCUGGUGUGAUAGCUGAGCUUGAGGAAGAACGCGAUCAGAAAUUGAGUUCGUUGAUUGAAGCGUUUCAAGCUCAUUGUCGUGGAUGGCUUGGACGCCGUAUUCUUGUUCGCCGUCGUGAGCAACAAACAGCUAUUCGAAUCAUUCAGCGCAAUGGUCUCGCAUGGAUGCGUUUGCGUGAGUGGCAGUGGUGGAGAUUGUUGACGAAGGUGAAGCCGCUUCUCGAGGUUACCAACAAGGACGAACUCAUUGCUGAGAAGGAGCAGGAGCUCAAGAUCACUUCGGAACGCCUGCGACGCUCGGAAAUUUUCAUUGCUGAUGUUAAGCAACAAAUGGAGAAAAUGGAUGAGGAACGCGCGAUUCUCAAAGAACGACUUGAUGCGGAAUCACUCGAACGCGCUGAAAUUGACGAAGAACGCGCCAGAAUUGUGGCGAGAAAAAACGAACUUCAAACGAUGCUUGAAGACGUGACGAAGAGGCUUGAAAGUGAAGAGAAAAAAGCGAAGUCGGCUGAUGAAGAAAAGAGAAAAUUGAUGGAAACAGUUCGACAUUUGGAGGAGAGCUUGGAAGGAGAGGAGCGAAUGCGACAGAAGUCGUUGCUUGAGAAGAAUUCGGUCGAGGCAAGAUUGAAGGAAAUUGAAGUUCAGAUGGCUGAGCUUGAGGAUUCUGGUAAUAAACUUCAGAAGGAAAAGAAGGCGCUUGAAGAGCGUUGCGAGAAUCUAUCGUCGCAGCUCAUCGAUGAGCAGGAGCGCUCAAAACAAUUCAUGAAAACGAAGACGCGUCUCGAAGCGCUUGUCGCUGAACAAGGCGAUGAGCUCGAGAAGGAGAAGCAGCAGCGUGUGGCGGCGGAGACUGCGCGACGAGCUGCUGAAAGUCAAUUGAGAGAAGAACAAGAGUCGUGUUUGGAGAAGACACGCAAGGCGGAGGAAUUGUUGAGUCAGCUAACGAGAAAAGAGGCUGAGAUGUCGCAGAUCAACCUCAAGAAUGAUGAAGAAAUUGCUGCCCGCCAACAGCUAGAACGAGAAAUUCGUGAACUUCGUGCUCAGCUCGAUGAUGCCUUGGAAGAGGUGAACAAGGAGAAGACUGCGAGACAGAAGGCGGAAAAGGCACGUCGUGAUAUGGCUGAGGAGCUUGAAGGAUAUAAGCAGGAGCUGGAAGAGUCCAACGACAAGACUGUGCUUCAUUCACAAUUGAGAGCUAAACGCGACGAAGAGUACGCCCAUCUUCAGAAGCAACUUGAAGAGACAAUCAAAGCGUCAGAAGAGUCGUUGGAAUCGAUGAAAGUGCAGAAUCAGAAGAAGUUGGAGGAACUGAUGGAAUCGCUCGAUCAGUUGCAACGACAGAAAGCAUCGGUAUUUGCGCUUUGUCUUAUUAGUUAUUUACCCUUUUCCGACAAAGCAAAAGCGACGUUUGAAACUGACAUCGAGAACGUUCGUGCCGAACUUGCCAACGUUGCUUCGGCGCGUCAAGAAGCCGAACGACGUCGUAAAGCCGCCGAAAGUCAGCUGAUGGACAAGGAGCACAAAAUGCGCGAACUGCAGACAAAUACUGACGAAUUGGUGGCGAAAUUGAAUAAGAUUAACACUGAACUAGAGUCCAUGCAAAAAGCGAAAGACUCGGAGACGACAAGAAACGCGAAUCUAUUGAAGAAGAUCGCCUCACUAGAUAUGCAACUCACUGAAAUGACAGAAGCUUCGGAAGAAGAUCGCCGCAAUCGCACAAACCUUCAGAAUCGAAUUCGGCAACUUGAAGAUGAACUUGUGGUGGCGAACGAGUUGCGCGAGGAAGCUGCUGCUGCUCAAGAGAAGGCGGAGAAGGAAGCGAAGGAGACGAAGGCGCAACUUCUCGAAGCAAAGAAAAGAUUGGAGGAUGAGUCAAAGGAGAAGUUCGUAGAGAUUCAACGAAAGAAGGAACGUGAGCUUGUUGCUGAGAAGGAGCGAGCUGAUGCUGCUGAACAAGCACGUGAAAAGGCUGAACGCGCUAAGAAGAAGGCAAUCCAGGAGGCUGAAGACGCUCAACGCGAACUCACUGAAAUCCAAGCGGCUCUUCGUGAAAUGGAGCGCAAACAGCGAAAAUUCGAUCAACAACUUUCUGAAGAGCGUAAUAACACCACUCUGGCUCAACAGGAACGUGAUUCGGCUCAACAGAUGCUUCGCGAGGCUGAAACUCGCAACCUUGUCAUUAUGAAUGAUAUGAGCGAGCUGAAGGACGAAAUUGAGCAGCUCGAGAAGGAACGACGAACGCUGAGAUUGGAGGUCGACAAUUUGUCAUCGACCAAGGACGAUGCAGGAAAGAGUGUUUUCGAACUGGAGAAGGCGAAGAGGCGGCUCGAAGAGGAACUCAAUAAAGCUGAACAGCAGAUCAUUGAUCUCGAAGACGCUUUGCAACUUGCCGAAGACGCAAAAUCCAGAAUGGAAAUCAACCUACAAGCUGCGCGACAUGAGCAUGAGCGACAACUUUCUGCACGUGAAGAGGACGAGGAAGAUCGCAAGAAGACGUUGAUCGCCCAGAAUCGCACUCUCAGUGAGGAGCUCGAAGCUGAACAACGAGCACGUGCUCAAGCGGUUUCGGCAAAGAAGAAGCUUGAGGCGCAACUUUCUGAAUUCAAUGAGAAAUAUGACGAGGGGCAGAGACAGCUUGAUGAGAUGGCCAGACAAUUGAGGAAAGCGCAGUUGGCUUACAAGGAAGUGCAACUCGAGGCUUCCGAAGCUCGAACUGCGAUGGAUGAUGCUCUUGCCGCGCAGAGAGAUGCUGAAAAGCGUGCAAGAAACAUGGAGGAUGAAAUCAAGAGACUUAACUCCGAUCUUUCGGCUGUGUCGAUGUCCCGUCGUAAAGCAGAAGCUGAGCGGGAUGAGCUUCUCGAUGAGUUGGAGACUCUAAAACAGUCUGGAAUCGGAAACGAGGAGAAGAGAAGAUUGGAAGCACGCAUUGCUGAUUUGGAAGAUCAACUUGACGAGGAAACAGCCGCUAAUGAUCUUGCGCAGGAAAAGAUCAAGAAGGCUCAACAACAGGUUGAGCAGAUGACCACAGAUUUGGCGAUGGAGCGCAGUUUGUGCGAAAGAAAUGAAUCGGAACGAAAUGCUUUUGAACGAGCGAAUCGCGAACUCAAGCAGCAACUGCAAGAAGCUGAAACUAAUGCAUCAUCGCGUAUGCGCACUCAACUCUCUGUUGCCGAAGCGAAGAUUGUUAAUCUUGAGCAGCAAAUAUCACUCGAAGAGCAGGAUCGUCUUCGCCAGUCGCGAACAGUCCGACGAUUGGAAUCGCGUCUUGCUGAGACGACUCAACUUCUUGAUGAGGAGAAGCGUCAGGCGGAACAGCACAAAUUGGCUGCGGAUCGUCUCAAUGCGAGAAUCAGACAACUUCGCAAUCAGUUGGAAGAUGUCGAAUCAGAACGUGAUCGUCUCAAUAAUAAAUUGAAGGAGGAACGCAGAAGAGCUGAAGACCUCACUGACGCCAACGAGACGCUUUCGCGCGACUUCUCGUUGUUGAAACAACGCGAGACGACGUCGCGUCGCACUCCUUCCGUGUUCCAUCGCGAAUCUCGCCGAUUCGGAAGCAAUACAAGUAUUUCACGUGAAGAUCUUCGUAAUGGGUCUGUGAUGAGCGAAAUGUCUCCGGCAGAACGCCCUGCGUCGCGUUUGACGUCUGGAACCGGCUCGCAACCUGGAAAUACAGAUGAGGACCAUGAUUCAGUUCGCAACUAA